AUGGGACCACACCAAUCAUCUCAGAGACCUGGACGAGUUGAACUGUUGAAGGAGUUGGUACUGAGGAUGGAGUCUGCCAUGUCGCAGAAGCAUGCAUUACUUGAUGAAAAAGGAAGUUGUAUUUACAGCUUGAGCGGAAACUUGAGAUCCUUUGUGGCGAAGCAGAGCAGAUUGCAAGGGAGCAGGUCUGAUGGCUUGCUGGAGGUUGUCAACUUGGUGUCUAUCUGUUGGUUCAUGUGCCGCGGCCUACACGCAGCCGCAGCUGAGGCAGAUGAGGACGCAGUGCCUCGUCUUCCUCGCUUUCAAGUAUGUUAUGGCGGGAACCAGAUGGAGCCCAGGAAGCGGCACCUCGAGAUCGCGCUCGGUGAGGAUGACAUCGACGGAGCUGGCUGCCACGGCGAGACGACGACGAGCUGGCCUUCUCAAGCCUCGCCGUCCUCUGCAGCACUGUUGCCACUGCCGCACCUCCUGCCCAUCUCCUCGCUGCGGCUGUCCCCGCCGGUGACGGAGCAGGAGCAGAAGCAGGAGAAUCUCGACCGCAACGACGACCCUGAAGCAAAGCACGACUAG